ACAUUACAUGCUUAUCAUCCAAAAUCAUCAACAGCAUUCAAAGAAGAAGUUGCAGAAGCUGUUGGUCUUCUUUGUGAUGCUGAUCAUUUUCAAUAUUUCUUUACGGAUCGUGAUGGUACCUUAAAAUCAUAUUGUUGUAACUAUCAGGCUAGCAUACAACCAGCAUAUUCUGCUAUUAUUCAGGCUCAAUUUGCUAGACGUUGCGCUCAAACAUGCGCA